UAUAGGUGGAGGUCAUGAUUUUUUAUGGAACAGGCAGCAUUUUCCUCUUGCUAUGGGAUAGAGAAACAAGCCAAUUAUGUGGGAAACAAGCUGAAAAAAUUUUGGAGGAAGAUGGUGGACAUGAGGAUGAAUACCUCCUACCCUAGACAACAUGAUGGAUAGGAGACUUUUAUUUAAGAUAAAUGUGAAAGCUGCUAAUAUCAGUGGCUAUGAUCAAGUGUUCACUGUGAUGAAGAUAUGUGACGAUGAAGAAGUUGUUGACAAAAACCUACCCAAGAAUUUCGAUGGGAAUUCAUUAGUGAAUGUGACGGAGAAUGGGUGUAGUAACUCACUUGAUAUGUUUGGGAACAUUACUAAUCUUAAUACUGACACUGACCCUGAUGCUCAAUAUACUAUGGAUGCUAGAGAAGAUUCCAUAACCAGUCUUAAGUGUAAAACCCCUGCUAAAAAAGUUACAAAUGGCUUCAGAUCUGGCUGUAGUAGUGCAAACCAGAAUAAAAACGAGGGACAACUCUCAACAAAUAAGUUUAGCUGAAAGAAUGCUAAGAAGCAAAAAUCUAUAAUGAUAGAUGGAGAAAAUUGAGUUUUUAAAUUUGUGUUUAAGCAUUGGCUUAAUAUUUAUGCUAUUUUAGUGGUCUUUUGUUUUAUUUGUGAGUAAGACUUCAGUAUGCUUUGUUAUUGGAGAAAGCAUGUACUCUUAUAACUAUGAGUUUCUCCAUUGUUUGUGAUGUUAUUUUGAUACCAAUUUUAUUUAAGCUUAUGAUAUAUGGUAGUCAACACAUAUUAUGGUCUAA